ACUGGACUGAAUUCCAUGGCUUCCAGAGUACUGUCACCCCCUGCUGGCCAGUCCUGGAACCACAGUCUCAUAACCAAGAGGUGUGGGGAGACCACAGGUAGAGGAGCAGGACUGGUAGCCAUAAAGGACGCCCAUGACAUAGAAACCAGGCUCAACGAGGUGGAGAAGUUGCUGAAGACCAUCAUAAGCAUGCCAUGUAAGUAUUCUAGGUCAGAAGUCGUGCUCACCUUCUUUGAAAGAUCUCCUCUGGAUCAGGUGCUAAAAAAUGACAGUGUACAUAAAAUUCAACCCAGCUUUCAAAGUCCAGUGAAAAUUUCAGCAGAUACGAAGACAUUAGCAACCACAGUAAUAACUACCAUUCCUCAAGCAGCAGAGAUCAUGAGGUCCAACGGAUUUUGUUUAGCAAAUACAGAGACUAUCGUUAUCGACCACAGUAUACCCAACGGAAAAGAGCAGCACCUGGGUGUGGAUCCGGCAGAGCAUUUGUUUGAGAACGGCAGUGAGUUCACCUCCGAGCCGGAGGACGGCGAUGACCCAGCAGCUUAUGACACCAACCUGUCCUAUUACCACCUGGUCCCCUUUGAGACGGACAUUUUGGACUGAGUCUUCAUGGGCCCUCCUCAGCCCUCAGCUGCUGGUUCUGCUGCUGUUCACUGGGCCCUAUCCCACCAGGGCCCCCAUGCCUGCACUGACUGAGCACGGCUCUGCUGCCAGGCCCCGCACCGAGGCCUGGUGUUCUGUGGUGAGUGGAGUAGUGGGGGUUUCUGGGGUUAGCACCGACCCCACGAUCUCCAACAACCAGGAGUCCGGCCCGGGAGUCCGCGACGCCUACUGCUGAGGAAGGCUCUCUCCCACUGCACACCCCCGGCCUGUUUCUGCAUUCCUAGGACUCGCUCGCUCCCCGUGUGGAGGAGCUACAAGUGCCUGCAAGACAUCACAAUGCCAGGGGGCCACCCAGGGCCUUGCUGGGUUCCUCCUCGCCUGUGACUGCUUCCUGGGAGGAGCCUCCUCCUGGUGCAGGGGCCCAGGGCCAGGCGCCCCUCCCUCCUGCCAUCCCCAGCACGACAAGCACACAGAACAACCCACGUGAAAUCUGUUGAGUCCCAAGUUCUGGGCGACACAGGCAGGGCAUAUUAAGUAACCAGCCUUUUCCUAAGAAGCAGGAUGUGGGGCUUCCAUUUGUUUUUCACCUUUUGUCUGGAAACUGAGGGCUGGCUUUGUGUCAGCCACAGUGGGUGUUUAUAGAAGGGGAAUUGUGGAUGGGGACAGGAACGGGGGAUCAUUGAUCACGGGGUGCUUAUGAGUUGGGGCUGAGUUAGUGAUGCUGCUCAACAGGAAGAGAACCCUGCCUGGCCUGCCAGCAUCUCUUCAGGGUCACAGUGCUGUGGCCACCUGGGCCCCGAAUUUGUCUCCUGGUGACCAGCUCUCCACCAUGGAACUGCCAUAGUAACGUGAGGGAAGAGGGUGAGAGGAAAGCCACGCACUCAGUUCGCCCGUUGUUUCCCUCUCCCUCAGGGAGGGUCUGGGGUCUGCGUGCUUAUCUCCUUUAUUUCUUCAGUGUCUACUAAGGACCAAUAUCUGCUAAUGUAAAUAAUAAUAAAUUAUUGAAAGUCCUAAUUAUUUUACACAGUCUGUUUUUUAAAUCUAUUUUAAUGAAAUAAAAUAUAUUACUCUUUU